UGGUGCAAGUCCUUGCAGGUGCAGAUUCUGUGCUGUGAAACUCCAGGGGCUGAAUCCUCAGGGAUGGCUCAAGUGGUUUGAAUUAGGUGACCCCAGUUUGGCUGAUACAAGAGCCAGGCCCUCCUUGAACGCAACCCGAAACAGGAUGGUUUCUAGCCAGGUACUUCUGUCCUUGUCAUAAGGUUCAUUAAGGGCUGGAUUCACCCAGCCCUGCUCACAUUUAGCAUGACCUUACAUCAUGUCAAUUUCACGGGGGGGCUCUGUGUGAGUGGGGGAUGGGCAGGAUCCAGCCCUAAAUGCCUUUUGGUUUCAUUUAAUCUUAGAGCUGGGUUGAGACCAUAGACCCCCCCCUUGAGCAGGCUACCCGAACCUGCUGGGGUAAGCGAUAUCGCCUCCAGCAGCAUGGCAGGGCUACCCGGCUGGCUCAGAGGGAAGAGCCCCUCCUCCGGACACAUCAGCAAUGCUUAUUGUUUUGAUGCCCCUGCUUACCCGCUUCCUGGGACAGUGGGCAGGAAAGGGGUAGAGGUUUGGCUCCAACCUCCAUCCCCAGGUGGUCCGUGCAGCUGAGCCAGGGGCGGGAUGCCUGGAGGGAACCGUGUCCCUUUGCCACGGGGCCUCUCCUGGGAUCCAAACCUAGCUCUGAGCUGAGCGUGAGUUGUCUGAUAACCUCCUGUCCUACACUCGACCUUCUUGGCCUCCCGUGAACAACACGUGGAUGCCCUGAGGCCUCACAGGCCUGGUGCGUGGGGGGAGCAUUUAUUCCUUGUUGUUGGGUCUCACUCCAUUAGCAACUCAAGGUCACCCGCUCAGUCAACACAUUAAUCACCCGCUCACUCCAGCUGGAUGCCAAACAUCCUCUAUUAUUAGCAAAAUGCAGCUUUACCUGGUGCAGGAUCUUUCCUAUAAACUGAAUAACCCCUCGCUCUCCUGCGAGAUUCUGUACCAGAAACUCAGCCCUGGGCAUUAGGCCACCCCAAGGAGGACCAAAGUCCCACUGACUUUGUCUCAAGAGCUCCAGGCAGGGCCAAAGCCAUCUUCAGGCAUGAUCCGAAAGGAGAGCGUGAAUCCAUGAGUUGGCAGCCAUACAGGGAGUCUGUUUUGGAGUCUGGGAGGGGCAGAGGAGAAGCUUUCACCACAACAGAGACAAGACAGAUGGCGGAGGGGAGAGGGGACUAGGCGAACUUGGGGAGCAGGGAGGGGAGGGGAGUGACCAGGGCUCAGUGGCACCCAUAUAAGUGUAGAAUUAGUCCAUUGAAGUGAAGGGAUUUGCAGCCAUGUAACAUCAAAUGCCAGCCCAGGGUCCAUAGGGAGGCUGUUUCUGACCCAGCAAAGAAGUACCCCACGGCUGGGUUGUUCGGGAAGCAGUAGCUGGGGGGAGGUAGGCGUCCCCACCACACAUGCAGUCUGUCGUUUGCCAAAGCUGUACGGUCACUGCUAGUGAAAUGGUCCCUGGUUAGCUCCAUCCUUUGUAACAUGGGCCUCUCUGUAGCCCAGAACCCCCUAUGGCGAGGCAGCCCAGAACCGCCUCUUACCAGCAAGCUGCCCCCAUUUGCACAGGGACCAGCAGUGACCUGCCACUCCUGGCCCGGAGGCAUCGCUGGCCCAUGGCGACGGCAGGGUCCUGGAAGGUGCGGAGGGAGCCCCGUGCUGCUCAGGAGGAGGCGGAGAGGAUUCUAGUGCUAGAAGAAAGCUGGAGGCCCUGGCCCAGAACACGCAGGACAAUCCGAGGCUGCCUGGAGUGUGUGAAGCGCCAGCUGUUCCGUGUCGGUGAUGACUGGUACUUCCUCUUUUUCCUGGGGGUGAUAAUGGCGCUGAUCAGUUUCGCCAUGGAUUUCACGGUCUCCAGGCUAUCGAACGCACACAAGUGGCUUUACCGAGAGCUCGGGGAUCACUUACUGCUGAAGUACCUGUCCUGGACUAUGUACCCGAUUGCCCUGUCCGCCUUCUCCACUGGCUUCUCUCAGAGCAUCACUCCGCACUCCGGAGGCUCUGGCAUCCCGGAGCUCAAGACCAUUCUCACCGGAGUCAUGCUGGAGGAGUACCUGGCCAUUAAAAACUUCGGAGCCAAAGUGGUGGGGCUGACCUGCACCCUCGCGUGUGGGAGCACCAUAUUCCUCGGCAAAGUCGGCCCCUUCGUGCACCUCUCCAGCAUGAUCGCAGCGUAUUUAGGAAAGAUCCGAACGUCUGUCGUUGGGGAGUAUGAGAACAAAAGCAAGCAGACGGAGAUGCUGGUGGCAGCCGCUGCUGUUGGAGUCGCGACCGUCUUCGGGGCUCCCAUUAGCGGGGUCCUGUUCAGCAUUGAGGUGAUGUCAUCCCACUUUGCGGUCAGGGACUAUUGGAGGGGCUUCUUCUCUGCCACCUGCGGAGCCUUCAUGUUCCGCCUGCUCGCCGUCUUCAACAGUGAACAAGAAACCAUCACUGCUCUAUUCAAGACCAAUUUUAAGAUUGAUUUCCCCUUUGAUCUCCCAGAGACGUUCUUCUUCAUGGUGCUUGGGGGGAUCUGUGGGAUUCUAAGCUGUGCGUAUCUCUUCUGUCAGCGCUGGCUCCUGGGAUACGUCCGGAGGAACACGGUCACCGCCAAGCUGUUGGCGACAGACAAGCCCAUUUAUUCCUCCCUGGUGGCCCUCCUGCUUGCCUCCAUCACAUUCCCUCCCAGCCUGGGGCACUUCAUGGCAUCCAGGCUCAGCAUGAAGGAACUUCUCACCUCCCUCUUCGACAACCAGACGUGGGGCCUUCUGUCCCAGAACGCAUCGCUGGCCAGGCCUCCUCAAGUCGACCCUGAAAACCUGUGGCUUGAGUGGUGGGAGCCCAGCAUCACCAUCUAUGGCAGCCUGGCGCUCUUCCUGGUGAUGAAGUUCUGGAUGCUGACCUUGGCCACCACCAUGCCGAUGCCAGCUGGGUACUUCAUGCCGCUCUUUGUAUACGGCGCUGCAAUCGGGCGUUUGGUGGGGGAAGUGGUGGCCUUUCUCUUCCCCCAGGGUAUCCAGUCGGACGGCAUCGUUAACACCAUCACUCCGGGAGGCUACGCACUGGCCGGGGCGGCAGCGUUUUCGGGCUCGGUCACCCACACCCUGUCCACUGCCCUGCUGGCCUUUGAAGUGACCGGGCAGAUCGCCCAUAUCCUGCCCGUCAUCCUGGCUGUGCUGGUGGCCAACGCUAUAGCCCAGAAGUUCCAGCCCUCCUUCUACGACGGCACCAUCAUUGUGAAGAAGCUGCCCUAUCUGCCCCGGAUCAGGAGCCGACACAUCGGCUCCUUCAGCGUGACCACUCGCCAGUUCAUGAACACCCACUUUGCAGUCCUGGCCAAGGGCGCCAGCUUUGAGGAGGUCCUCAGAGUCGUGACCUCUACCGACGACCUGGAGUACCCCAUUGUGGAGAGCACAGAGUCUUUGAUGCUGGUGGGCAUGGUGCAAAGAACCGAGCUGGUCAGGUACCUCCAGACCCACGAUGAAGCCAAGCCGUCCCCCCAGGAGCCAGGGGAGAAGCCUCGCUCCAACGGGACGCUGGGGGACGACUGCACCAUCGAGCCACUCACCCUCCAGCUGUCACCUUGGACGUCCCUGCACCAGGCUCACAACCUGUUUGAACUGCUGAACCUGCAACGUGUCUUCGUCACGUCCUUGGGGCGGGUCGUCGGGGCCGUCUCUCGGAGCGAGAUGAAGAAGGCGAUUGAAGACCUGGCAAAUCCGAAGAUGUUGAAGUGAGCGAUUCGGAGCCUGGGAGAGCAGCCCCUUCCCCCUCCUAUGCGGCGGAGCGUGGGACGGGGGAUCGCGCUGGGGCCCUGAGAUUUCAGCAGCAGGGGGGCAGUGCUGGCAGGGGUCUCCCCAAUUAUUUUUUUGCAAAUGGAAAUGGAUUUGUAAGCUCCUCCGCCCUUCCCGCUCCCGCCGCAAGGAGCCACGGUUGUGAGAGCAGAGGCAACACCUGGACCUCUCUGGCCUGGGGAGCCUGCCAGCUGCUGGCAGCCCUCACCCACCCUGGAGACACAACAACACACAGCUACCCAGGGACAAACAACUUGGCCCACAGACUGUCAGCGCCGAGGGCAAGCCAAGGCUGCAAUGUGAAAUGUGCAUGCGCCAUCCUGAAUUUAGUGCCUGCUGCCCUCUUGGGGCCAGGCCCAGCGGGACAAGAGUCUGCUUCUUAGCAAGCCCUAGAAGAGACGCUCCUUGAGCUCAAGGGGUAGGGGCUUGUGCUUCGGGCAGUGAAAGGCCCCGGCUCCGGCCGUGUACGUCUGGGUUCAUCACAGACCUGCCUGCACUGAAUUCUUCUGUAACGUGAGGUGCUGCCUUUGCUAUGCAAUCGCUCCCUCACUGCAAGGGGGCAGGCACGGGCCCCGAGGAGCCAGACCACCCCUUGCCUGUCCCCAGAGGAAGGCCCUAGACCAUCCCCAGGGCAGCCAGGCUGUUGUGGCCUACACAGCAGGGGGCUGGGGGGCUCCUUUGAAAUCCAUUGUUCCCACUCACCGCGCGCAGUAAAUCAGAGAUGAGGGCUGGCA